AUGGGGAAUCAGAAGGCUAGGUUUCAGAAUAAGGAGGUGUUUAUAGAAAGUGUGGAGCUCCUCAUGUCUGAGGUGUACGACUCGGCAUUUCCCCGUCUGCAUUCUCCUCGAUCCUUCUCUGAAACCAACAUCUACAGAGUCCUGCAAAGGAGGAUGCUGGGAGUUCGCCUCGCCCUCACCGGACACUUCAGAUGUCCGUCUGCUUGUGAGGAGGAGAGGCGCGUGGCCAUGGAGUCAUCCAGCGUUUUCGUCCCCUCCUGUGAGGCGGGAGGCUCGUUCAGGUCUAAGCAGUGUCAGCAGGGGGCGCAGUGCUGGUGUGUCGACCCAAAAGGAAGGGAGAUUCCUGGGACACGGCGGCUCGGAGACUCCCUGCUCUGCGUUCAGGUCCUGAAUCCUGUUCUGAGUUCCUGCUCUGAGGAAGGAGAGGAUGAGUCGGCAGCCAUCUUUAUCCCCCGCUGCACGGCCAGCGGCGGCUUCCAGCAGGUCCAGUGUUGGGGUUCACAGUGCUGGUGUGUCGACUCUCAGGGUCAGGAGGUUCCAGGAUCUCGAACCGCCGGCCAUCCAUCCCGAUGUCCGUCCCGCUGCGAGACGGAGCGCGCCACAGCUUUGAAGGUGAAAUCCAACAUGGCCGCUGGCGCUGAGAUCUACAUCCCAGCAUGCUCAGAGGAUGGAGGCUUCCUGCCGCUUCAGUGCGUCGGACCGCGCUGCUUCUGUGUGGAUGCUGAGGGGAGGAGGAUGGCUGCCGGUCCAGCAGGGAGCGCUGUCACCUGUCCAGAGAACCAAACACUGAAGCUGCAGCCGUCUGAAGGUGAGCUCAGAAAUUUCAAACUAAUUUGAUUUCUGCACAUUUUAGUUUGUGGAAUCACUUCAACUCUGAACUAUUGGGGAAUAUAAAUAACAAAUAGUCAUUUAUAUUCUACAUCAAUCAAUCUUUCUACAGGACUGACCCAAAGUACUGAACACAUCCAUAAAUAAAUCCGUACAUACAUAAAAGACA